GAGAAGCGUCGCGUAGUUUAGUCAGUCGCGUCCCAAUGAAAACGAUGUUGAAAUUGCACAAUUAUCUACGAUAGAUCACGCCGCAGAUUAACGCAUCACGCUCGUCAUUUCGCUGCAACCUAUGUUGACUAACAUUGCGAAGAUAGACACCGCAUCUGCGAGGAAACUGAGCUCUGGGCAGGUUGUAGUGGAUCUCGCUGGCGCGGUGAAGGAGCUCCUGGAAAAUGCCCUGGAUGCCGGUGCGACGUCGAUCGAGUUGCGGAUCAACGAUGACGGGGGGGGCGCAGAGAUUGAGUGCGCGGAUAAUGGGCAUGGUAUAGCGCCGCGCGACUUUGCUCUCGUCGCCGCGCGGUCGGCGACGUCAAAGUUGGUUAACUUUGAGGAAUUACGGACUGUGCAGAGUUUUGGAUUUCGUGGCGAGGCGCUCGCUUCUCUGCGCGAGCUCGCGGGGGAAGUCCUCGUCGUCACGCGAACGUCUGCCGACGCCGUGGGCGCGCGUCUGAGCUUCCAGCGGGACGGUAUCCUUAAGAGCUCAACUCCGCACGCACGAAGUGUCGGCACGACUGUCACGGUGCGCGGGCUCUUCGAUUGUGCUCCUGUUCGUCGCGCUGAUCUUGCGCGGCGCUGGAAGUGGCACGUUAGUCGCGCACUCCGCACAGUCCAAGCGCACGCGCUCGUCGCCGUUGGUUGCCGCCUGCGACUCACCCUCGUCAGCGGCGGUGGCGCCACGCGGCGGACAGCAAUCGCCGUGCAAGCGCCGAGGUCGCUGCGCGAGAGCGCUUCAGCGCUCUUUGGACACGCGUUCGCCCGAUCGCUCGAGGAGGUCAGCUUCGAUCUUAGGGGAGGUGAGGACUGCUCCUUGGCUGUCAUUGGCCUCAUGUCGCGUGCUGGUGGCUUCGAUGCGCCAGGGCCGAGAGGCGGCGGGGGUGAUCGCCAGUUCCUCUUUGUCAACGGAAGGCCCAUUGACGCACCUCGCGUGUCUCGGUGCAUCGGCGAUGUGUGGCGGAGUGUCGAGGGCGAUCGGCGCGGUCGUCCAGCCUUCGUCCUUGACAUUCGCGUCCCUCCAAGCGCCGUAGACGUCAACGUUUCCCCAGACAAGCGUGAUGUCGUUCUGGACGACGAAACUGGGCUUGUUGCCGCACUGCGUAUCGCUCUCCAUGACCUCUGGGAGCCAUCGCGCGGGAGCUUUGCAGGUGGCAGGUCCCUCGCACCGCACGUCGCGCCGAGUACCACGCCCGAUACGGAAGCCCCCUGCUCCUUGGUGCUCCCCAUUGCGGUCCCAUCAUGUGUUACCAGCACUGCCACUGCCACAAAUGCUCCUGCGAGGGAAGCAAUGCUCGUUGUACCACCAACGCUGCGCCCGACGCAACGCAACAGCGACACGAUCGCGGUCGCGCAAGUCAUAGCGCUUUCCCCAUGGCAGGCCGCAAGAGCUCACAUUGAUUGGAACUGCGCCGUGGCACCAGCGCGGCUGCACGCUUCUUCGGUAUUCGGCACCCUCGCGGUGCAGUCGCGCUGUGGCCAUGGCCACCGGACCGUACAGAUUGAUCGACGUCCGGGCGGCAACGUGCCAACCGCAGCGCUAGCCAAGACCGAUUUCAGUGCCAUGGAGGCGCUCGGUCAAUUUAAUCUUGGCUUUCUCGUGUGUCGCCUCGGCGAUCACCUGUUCCUCGUCGAUCAACACGCAGCGGACGAAAAAUUCCGCUAUGAGGCGCUCUGGCGCGACACUCGCGUUGACACACAGCCACUCCUGGCACCCCUCAGCCUCGACCUCGGUGCCACGGAGGAGCUAGCGCUUCUUGAGCGCCGAUGCACCGUGGAACGCGUUGGCUUCCGCCUCGCCGUCAAUGACCUCGCACCCCCGGGACGACGCGUCGCCGUCAUCUCGGUCCCGAGUGCACGAGGCGCAACUUUUGGUGUGUCGGACAUCCGCGAGCUCAUCACCCUUCUCGACGAUGACGCCGCCCAUGACACGACACUACCCAAGCUCCCCAAGCUCCACACGCUCUUUGCAUCCAAAGCAUGUCGCGCCGCUGUGAUGAUCGGCACUCCGCUCAUCAAAACAAAGAUGACCCAGCUGCUCGACCACCUCGCAACCCUCCUGCAGCCCUGGAAUUGCCCCCACGGCCGCCCGACCACUCGCCACCUUGCCCACGUCCCCUCGCUCUUCACGCUGCACUCGCCCGCAGCGUAGUUCCGCUGAGUCUGUGGCGCCAGACGUACCAGUAGGGCCCCCUACCUUCAAGUUACCCGCCCAAGUUACCCCAGGAUACUACCAGGAUACUACUAGCGGAUACUACUAGUCCCGACUAGCCUACUGUGCGCUU